CCCACGCUCUACAUUUGGUUCACAAACGGGAGGUUCGAAUUAAGGAAGCAGCAGCAUCAACAGCAAUCACUAAAGCCACAGCUAGACAGAGGUUUUACAGAGGAGAAGCUUAAUUAUGGCAAGGGUCUUUUGGGUGGGGGUACCUGGUCUGCUUCAACCAAACAGAUCUUUGCAGCCAAGAAAAAAGUGCCCACCUCAAGGAGUACUUUCAGUCCUUACUCUUUCUCUCCUGUGACUCCAGUAUUCUAGAGCCCCCUUCCACCUCAGCCUGCAGGUCCUUCCAGUUGGUCAGAGAACUAUCUUUGGAGUCCAACAAGAGAUUCCCAAAUGCAAGACCCUCAGUUGGAAUGGCUGGUGGCCUCAGUUCCUAUUUUGUACUCUGAUGCCUGUGAAGCCCAAAUCACAGAACUGUACGGUUUUCCUGACAAGGGUGAGAUAUCCAACUCUUCCAUCCGCUGUCUGGAUGGGUAUCUUUCACCCACAAGAUUCCAGUUAGAAGGACAGGAUUGCUCCCUCAGGACAUUUGCUGGUUCAGCUGUAGGUCUAUCUCCUGAGCAAACCUGGUCCAAUAGGACAAGUCCGCCCAGGGUUCCAGAAGCCCUCCAGUGGGCAGAACUCUGUCCUCUGCUGCUGCUGAUACACCCAGGCACCUCCCUGCGAUCUGCUUGCUCACCAUCAAGGGACACAGGAGCAGCAGAUGCUGACUCAGCCUGCGCUGCUAAGCAAGAAAAAGCUCAUAAUGCAAAUAAGGAACAAGAGGAGAAUUCUCCUGAUAGAAAGAACAAGUGCACAGUUUUCAUGCUGGAGUAA